UCACAAAGCUUCGGCCUAGGAUGCGUUAUAAAUAGGGGUCCCCCUCCCAAUGGUUGGUGCACUAUCAUUCGCUCACAAACGCCAGCGCACGCACAAAAGAGAAACAAAGAGAAAGAGAGACUCUUCCAUCAAUGGCCACCAAAAUCUACAUUGUGUACUAUUCUACAUACGGACACGUUGCCAAGUUGGCACAAGAGAUACUGAAAGGAGCUCAAUCUGUCGAAGGAGUAGAGGCCAAACUAUGGCAGGUACCAGAAACUCUGCCAGCAGAAAUUCUUGCAAAGAUGGGUGCACCACCAAAGAGUGAAGUGCCUGUUAUUUCACCUGAGCAACUUGCUGAGGCUGAUGGGAUAAUCUUCGGUUUCCCUACCAGAUUUGGAAUGAUGGCUGCACAAUUUAAAGCAUUUUUUGAUGCAACUGGAGGUUUAUGGCACAAAGGUGCACUUGCAGGCAAGCCUGCUGGACUUUUCUACUGCACUGGAUCUCAAGGUGGUGGACAAGAGACUACCCCCUUGACAGCCAUUACUCAGUUUACUCACCAUGGAAUGAUCUUUGUCCCAAUCGGAUACACGGCCGGAGCUGGCAUGUUCGAGAUGGAGCAGGUCAAGGGUGGCAGCCCCUAUGGUGCAGGAACUUUUGCUGGGGAUGGCACAAGACAACCUUCUGAUCUAGAACUAGAAAUUGCUUGCCACCAGGGAAAGUACUUUGCUGGCAUCGCAAAGAAGCUUAAAGCAUCUGCCUGAUUAUGAUGAUAUAUUACACAAUCGCUGUUUAGCAUUUGAUACUUGCAUUUCUUUUGUUCUUGAUUCUGAGUCCAGUUUUCAAUUUGAAUUUUCAUGUUUUCGUAAAGAAUAAUUGGCUGUGUCGAAUGUAUUUGUUGUAACAAGUUUUAUGUCGAAUAAACUGUGCCUAUUACUGAA